CGGCAUGUGCAUUUUUUUAGGCCAAUAGCUGAAAUGAGUCAAGUCAAAGGUUGCUAAAUAUGUGGAAUGGCUUGAGGCCGUCAUGUCAAAAAGUUUUAUCGCUAGUUGCUGAGUUGAAAACACUUCAGAAGAAUAAUGAAACACUUGAGAAGGAUAAAGAACAUCUAAGGAUCAAUCUUCUUUCUGCUGAAGAGGAGGUCAAAUUGCUUUUCGAAGAAAACAAAGUGUUAGAUGAAGCUAACAAAAGAUUACUAAAGCAGUACCGCAAGGAAAGAAAGAAUUCUGGUUCUGAUGGAAAGCAUACUGAUGGAUCAACGAAGUCAAACAAGCGAAAAUCUAGCUCUAAGGUGAUGAGCAGCAGCCCGAUUCAGGGGAAGAUCGAUUUCAGUGACCAAGAAUUAGCAAGACAACCUCUCUCACCCUUGCGUUGUAACUCCCCUAACUCAAGACUGCAUAAAAAGCAAUAGGAAACUUCCGAAAUAGUCUGAUGUAUAUCUCACCUCUCAUUUGUACCUUUUUAUGUACCCAUCAUAUGGGUUGGUUGGCAUAAGAUUGCAGAUUUUCAAAUGACUAACAAAAUUGUUUGUAACUUGUAAGAAUCAUUUGCCAAGUCUUUUUAGUGAAUGACCGGAACACAUAGAUUUACAGCAUUAUGAAUGAGUACAUUUUCUGUUGUCACAGUA